AUGAGAGUUCUUACCUCUUUACUAGCAUUGCAAUUACUUGCAACGCCUUCGUUCGCUUACAGCCCGAGCUAUGCCCCAUUUGAGGUAUCAUGUCCAAAGGAUGCUAACUUUGUGAGAGAUGCUUCCUCGGUGUCUGAAUCUGAAGCUGAAUGGCUAGACAUUCGUCAUAACGUAACAGAUGGUGCCCUCGCUGUUUUCCUCAACCGUGCCGACUUCCAGGAUUUCAACACUCAGGACUUCAUCGACUCCUUGAACAGAUCGAUCAACAUUGGUCUGACCUUCUCCGGUGGUGGUUAUCGUGCCAUGCUCAACGGAGCUGGUCAAAUUGCUGCUCUCGAUGAUAGAACUGAAGGUGCAAAUGAUCACGGCCUCGGUGGAUUGCUCCAGGCUUCUACUUACCUUGUUGGUCUUUCUGGAGGGAAUUGGCUCUCUGGUACUUUGGCUCUAAAUAACUGGACAAGUAUUCAGUCCAUCUUGGGAGAUGAUACCAUUUGGAACUUGGAGAAUUCCAUUGUUAACCCAGGUGGUGAUAAUAUGAACUUAACAGCUGCUCGCUGGCAAGAGAUUGGCAUAGCACUUAACCAAAAGGCCGCAGCUGGGUUUGAUACUUCCAUCACUGACAUCUGGGGAAGAGCUUUGUCCUAUCAGUUCUUUGGAACACAGAACAAUGGAUCAGUUGGUCUGAGCUUCUCUGACAUCAGAGAGUAUGUUUCCUUCCAAAACGGUGAGAUGCCAUUCCCAAUAUCUGUUUCAUUGGGAAGGGUACCAGGCUCUGAUCUCAUCAGUCUAAACUCCACUGUCUUUGAGUUUAACCCAUUUGAGCUGGGUUCAUGGGAUCCAUCUUUAUAUGCAUUUACCGAUUUGUUGUACGUUGGCUCUGAAGUUUCCAACGGUGAGCCGGUAACUGAUAUCUGCAUCCAAGGUUAUGACAACGGUGGCCUUGUUCUUGGUACCUCGUCUAACGUUUUCAACGUGAUUCCAUUGAACGGUUCUGGUAUUCCAGAAGAAUUUGUUGCGGCUCUCUUAGGUGGACUGGAGCAGGAUGAUGAUUAUGCUCUCUUCAGCCCAAAUCCAUUUUACGACACUGAUUUUGCAUCGACAAGAAGUAUCGUCCAGAGUGAAACCCUUUACCUAUUCGACGGUGGCUUUGAUGGACAGAACGUUCCAUUUGCACCAUUGUUGCAGCCUGAACGUGAUGUUGAUGUUAUUUUUGCAUUCGAUAACUCUGAUAAUACUGAAGAUGCCUUCCCAGAUGGAAGCACACUUGGAGCCACCUAUGAUCGUCAAUUCUAUCGUCAAGGUAAUGGAACUUCAUUCCCAUAUGUUCCAUCGUCAGAUUCCAUCUUGGCACACGGUUUGAAUGAGAAGCCAUUGUUCCUCGGUUGUGAUGCCUCCAAUUUAACCGGCCUUGCUUCCAUCCCUCCACUUGUUGUUUAUAUUCCAAACAUUGCCUACACAGCAUGGUCCAACACUUCUACACUUCAACUGUCAUAUAGUAACGAGGAGAGAGAUGCCCUUAUUCAAAACGGGUUCGAGGCUGCAACAAGGUAUAAUCUGACCAUUGAUUCCAACUGGCCAACCUGUGUUGCCUGCGCAAUUAUCCGUCGUGAACAGGAGCGCAACGGGUGGGAACAACCAACUGAAUGCGAGGAAUGCUUCCAGGAAUACUGCUGGGAUGGUAUUCAGUACAAUGGCACUGAGGAAGUGCUGUCAAGGUCUCUUAACUACACAUCACAGAGCAACCUCACAGACUAUUCUUCCACUAAGACCGAAGCGUCCGGCACUGCCACUGCCACGGACGGUUCUACAUCAUCUACUUCCAGUGUUUCAACCAAUGGAGUGCCAAUUUUGACACCUUCUCUCAUGGCACUGGCUAUUCCCUUUGUUGCUGUUAUUCCUCUUCUUUCCCUCUCCAUGACAUGA